CGCCCAGCCGCGCGGGGCGGAGCUUCUGCCUCCGGGAUGGAGGGCGUCGCGCCGCGCUUCCUACUGGCCCUGCAGACUCAGGGCAGAUCUGAGGCGGCGUGGGCGCGGGUGCGGGAGCAGGACUUGCAGUUAUGGGGACUGACAGGGGUCCAUCUACGCUCCUAUCAGUUAGAGGGAGUCAACUGGCUGGCCCAGCGCUUCCUCGAUCAACAUGGCUGUAUCCUGGGAGAUGAGAUGGGCCUGGGUAAGACCUGCCAGACAAUUGCUCUCUUCCUUUACUUGGUGGGAAGAUUAAAUGAUGAAGGGCCAUUUCUGAUUCUUUGUCCUUUGUCGGUUUUAAGCAACUGGAAAGAAGAGAUGGAAAGAUUUGCUCCAGGCCUUUCCUGUGUAACAUAUGCAGGCAACAAGGAGGAAAGAGCCCACCUUCAGCAAGAUUUAAGCCAGGAUCCGCGUUUUCAUGUGUUGCUAACUACCUAUGAGAUUUGCUUGAAAGAUGCAUCAUUUCUAAAAUCCUUCCCUUGGAAUGUUCUUGUUGUGGAUGAAGCUCACAGGUUGAAAAACCAAAGUUCCUUGCUGCAUAAGACACUUUCAGAGUUCUCAGUAGCUUUCCGUCUCCUGUUGACUGGAACUCCCAUCCAGAACAGCCUCCAAGAACUCUACUCCCUCCUCAGUUUUGUGGAGCCUGAUCUCUUCCCCGAGGAGGAGGUGGAAGAUUUUGUUUACCGUUACCAGGAUAUUGAGAAAGAUUCUGAGUCAGCAAGUGAACUACACAAACUCUUGCAGCCAUUUCUGCUAAGGCGAGUGAAAGCUGAGGUUGCUACAGAGCUUCCUAAGAAGACAGAAGUCGUGAUAUACCAUGGCAUGUCAGAAUUGCAGAAAAAAUACUACAAAGCCAUUUUGAUGAAAGACCUAGAUGCAUUUGAGAAUGAGAUGGCAAAGAAAGUUAAACUUCAGAACAUCUUGUCUCAGCUUCGAAAGUGUGUGGAUCACCCGUAUUUGUUUGAUGGUGUAGAACCGGAGCCUUUCGAAGUUGGAGACCACCUGAUUGAGGCUAGUGGGAAGCUUCAUUUACUGGAUAAGCUUUGGCAGUUUCUUCUUUUCUUUGACAGGGGCCAUCGGGUUUUACUUUUCUCUCAAAUGACCCAGAUGUUGGAUAUUCUACAAGACUAUAUGGAUUACAGAGGCUAUAGCUAUGAGCGUGUGGAUGGUUCUGUGAGAGGAGAAGAGAGACACCUGGCCAUUAAGAACUUCGGACAGCAGCCUAUUUUUAUUUUUCUCCUAAGUACCAGGGCAGGUGGCGUUGGCAUGAACUUAACCGCAGCAGACACUGUUAUUUUUGUUGACAGUGAUUUUAACCCUCAGAAUGACUUGCAGGCAGCUGCCAGGGCUCAUCGAAUUGGCCAAAACAAGUGUGUUAAAGUUAUUCGGCUUAUCGGCCGAGAUACUGUGGAAGAAAUGGUCUAUCGGAAAGCAGCCUCCAAACUGCAGCUCACCAACAUGAUCAUAGAGGGAGGCCACUUCACUCUGGGAGGCCAGAAACCUUCGGCUGACGCUGACCUCCAGUUGAGUGAGAUACUCAAAUUCGGUUUGGAUAAACUGCUGUCCUCUGACGGAAGCACCAUAGAUGAAGUAGACCUGGAGUCCAUCCUGGGAGAAACAAAAGAUGGCCAGUGGGUCUCUGAGGCCUUGCCCGCAGCAGCAGGAGGGAGCAGAGAGCAGGAAGACGGAAAGAACCAUAUGUACUUAUUCGAAGGUAAAGAUUAUUCUAAAGAGACCAGUAAGGAAGACAGAAAAUCAUUCGAACAACUGGUGAAUCUUCAGAAAACCCUUUUGGAGAAAACUAAUCAAGAAGGCCGGUCACUCCGAAAUAAAGGCUGUAUUGUUAUUGCAGGCCUUGAAGGGGGAUCUACCAGAAGGAAACGGAUUUUGAGCCCAGAGGAGCUAGAAGACAGACAGAAGAAAAGACAAGAAGCAGCAGCCAAGAGAAAGAGGCUAAUGGAAGAGAAGAGGAGGAAAAAAGAAGAAGCUGAUCAUAAGAAAAAGAUGGCUUGGUGGGAGUCCAACAAUUACCAGUCCUUCUGCCUGCCCUCUGAGGAGAGCGAGCCCGAGGACCUUGAGGAUGUGGAAGAGGAGAGCUCUGCUGAGCUGGAUCCUGAAGAUCCAGACUCAACCUCCAUCAAGUACAUCAGCGGUGACGUCACCCACCCGCAGGCUGGAGCAGAGGACGCUCUCAUAGUGCACUGUGUAGAUGAUUCUGGCCGCUGGGGCAGAGGUGGUUUAUUCACAGCUCUGGAAACACGAUCGGCUGAGCCAAGAAAAAUUUAUGAGCUGGCUGGGAAAAUGAAAGACUUGCAUUUGGGAGGUGUCCUUUUAUUUCCUAUUGAUGACAAAGAGUCAAGAAACAAAGGACAAGAUUUGUUGGCCUUGAUUGUGGCUCAGCACCGUGAUCGCUCCAAUGUCCUGUCUGGCAUUAAGAUGGCAGCCCUGGAAGAGGGCCUGAAAAAGAUAUUUUUAGCAGCAAAGAAAAAGAAAGCAAGUGUUCAUCUUCCACGCAUCGGACAUGCCACAAAAGGUUUUAACUGGUAUGGUACUGAGCGACUUAUUCGGAAACACUUGGCGGCAAGAGGCAUCCCAACUUAUAUAUACUACUUCCCCAGAAGCAAAGCUGCUGUCCUUCAUUCCCAGUCCUCAUCUUCCUCUUCAGGAUAGCUGGUGCCUUAAUGAUUGGCCUAGCAUCAGAUUCGUCUUCAGCAACCAGCUGACAUUUGCCCAUAACUACUGUGAUAAGAGUAUUUCAGAGAGGAAUCACGUCUCGUGGGCCUCUAGGAUGGUCUGUUUUCUGAGUUCUAAUUUUGUUCCCCUGGAUGUCACUCUGAUUGGUACCUGUAAUACAAGGAUGCACAACCUGUCCGGGAAGGCCUUUGGCUCUAGUUUGCAUAGCUUUUUGCAUAAUAAUAAAUUUUUUAUCUCUUAUA